GCAAACUGCUGCUUUUAUACAGCUGGGGGAAGCGCCAGUGCUGCCUUCUAGUAUAUGAGCCUGUUAAACCCUCUCCUAGCCAAUACUCCCAUACACCUGGAUGUGGGUCACCUAUGGAACAGCCAGGGGUAGCAGCAGCAGUAGCUGGUUAUCAGUCAGCUGUCCCUGCUCGGCACGCCUGUGCGUACACCAGCUGCUAUUGUGAGGAAAAUGUUUGGAAACUUUGUGAAUACAUCAGAAGUUAUGAUCAAUACCCUUUAGAAGAAUUUUAUGCUGUUUUCAUAUCCAAUGAGAGAAGGAUGAUACCACUCUGGAAGCAGCAGUCAGGAUGUGGAGAUGAACCUGUAGUUUGGAAACGUGACAGUCCUGCUUUUUCAAGGCCAGAGACCAAGAGCAAAAGAACACUAAGGUCCAGAUCCUCGAAGGAUUACCAUGUUAUUUUACUUCAUGUUGCAAGUGGAGACCAGAACUUCAUUUAUGAUCUUGACUCAGUGUUGCCAUUUCCAUGUCCAUUUGACACUUACAUUGAGGAGUCUUUUAAAUCAGAUGAUAUUCUUCUUCCAGGAUUUAGAAGAAAAAUCAGACUGAUUCAAGCAGAUUUGUAUCUGAAGACAUUUGCUUCUGACCGAUCUCACAUGAAAGAUGCCAGUGGACACUGGCAGAAGCCUCCUCCUUCCUACCCUUGCAUUGAAACUGCAGAUUCCAAGAUGAACCUGGACGAUUUUAUCAGUAUGAAUCCCCAGGUGGGAUGGGGCUCAGUAUUUCUGCUACCUGACUUUGUGGAUCAGUACGGCAGACAGAGCUGAUUUCAAGUUCACUUUGAAAGGACAGUGAUGUAAACAAAGGACAAAUCAGCUCAUCAGCUUCCCUUUUUUGUUUUGUUGUGGUUGCCCUUGUCAUUCUAUUUAUAAAUUGGUUUUGUUCUAUGAAAUGUAUUGGUUUGUCAAAUACAAGAAUUGAACAAAAAUGCAAUGAACUGAAUAAAAUACUUUAUUUUGACUAUA